UGGGCGGGGCGGGGUGAGGCGGGGUAGGGAAGGGGCGGGGGGGAAAGGAUGGUGGGAAGAUGGCGGAGGCUUCACCGCAGCCGGGACGGUUCUUCUGCCACUGCUGCUCGGCCGAGAUCGCCCCGCGCCUGCCCGACUAUAUUUGCCCACGGUGUGAAUCUGGUUUUAUUGAAGAACUUCCUGAAGAGCCAAGGAAUGCUGACAAUGAGACCGGCUCCUCUAUGUCAGCCAGCGAUCAGAGCAGGCAUCCUUUUGAGAAUGUGGAUCAGCACUUAUUCACCUUGCCACAGGGCUAUGGCCAAUUUGCCUUUGGGAUCUUUGAUGACAGCUUUGAGUUUCCGUUUGGGUCCAAUGUGCAGUCAGAAGACAACAGGGACUCUGAGAACCGGAGGGAGCGAGAGCAUCAGUCUCGGCAUCGAUACGGUGCAAGGCAGCCCCGAGCCCGUCUCGCCACACGCCGUGCCGCUGGCAGGCACGAGGGAGUUCCCACACUAGAAGGAAUUAUCCAGCAGCUGGUCAACGGAAUUAUUGCACCUACCACAAUACCAAACCUAGGACUAGGUCCUUGGGGAGUCUUGCAUUCAAAUCCAAUGGACUACGCAUGGGGUGCCAACGGCUUGGAUGCAAUUAUUACACAGUUACUAAAUCAGUUUGAAAACACUGGACCGCCGCCAGCAGACAAAGAAAAGAUCCAGGCCCUCCCCACUAUACAAAUCGCACAGGAACACGUAGAUUCUGGGUUAGAGUGUCCUGUGUGUAAAGAAGACUAUACAGUUGGUGAAAAUGUCCGACAGUUACCUUGCAAUCACCUAUUCCACAACAGCUGUAUAGUCCCUUGGCUGGAACAGCAUGACACGUGUCCUGUGUGCCGGAAAAGCUUAAGUGGACAAAACACUGCCACAAACCCCCCAGGACUCACGGGGAUGAACUUCUCAUCAUCCUCCUCCUCCUCUUCCUCCAGCUCACCAAGUAACGAAAAUUCAUCGAACAACUCAUGAAUCUUAAUCUAACCCUCUGUCCCUGGGGCCCUGUCCAUUGUCCUCCCUCCCUCCCCAGCCAAGGUAACAACAAAAGGGGCUUCCAGAGCAGAGCGAGGGGAGGGUAGCAAGGGGGAAGCAGUGCCCCCAGAAUUCCCUUUUGCGUUCUGAAGACACGGAGACUCUGGGUCCUUCAGAGAUGAGAAGCCUCAAGUUCUGUGAUGGGGGGGAAAGAGCUCUGUCUAUUAAUAAAAACAUCCCUUUGCCGCGUGGACUUUUAACCAUUGCAGUGAAAGGCUGCUGCGCUCCACAGAUGGGAAAUCCGAGGUGCUGAGCUAGCGGUUGCAAUUCUGAAUGGAAAGGUUGUUUGUAUGGUUUUGAAUUUGAGAUUCCUUUCUUUAUUUCUUUUGCUCCUCCUCCUCCCCUUGGAUACUAUCUCUUCUGCUUUGGAGAUUGAAGUCUUUAAAAUGAAAGCGUAAUGAUACUGCCUCCCUCCCAGGAUCUCCAGCUGGGGAGGGCCAAUAGUUGUCACUGAAAACAUGAACUCUUGAAAUAGACCCCAUUAUCCUUCCCUUCUCCAUCUCAAGUCCCAUUUAUUUUUCUUUGUAACCUCGCCCUUCUGAUACUCAACACUGAAAGGGGUUUUUAUAAUUUUAAAUUAUUACUGCUGUUAAAUAAAUGGACGUUUCAGCUCAACGAGAUGUUAUGCAUGAUUUGAGGAAAAACUACAGGGUAAGCUCUCCGGAGACUGCUGUGCUGAGCCAUCCCAUUUCACCCCAGGGCAGGCUGGGCUUGUCUGAGCCCUCCUGCGUGCUGAGCACAGGCGUGCUAUGAGCCUUGGGUACCAGACUCCGACAUGACCAGCACCUGUACAUGUGUUGCCAGCCUGCAGGUUGUUGAGCGGUUGGCUGCAGGAUUGCAACUGAAAGCAUCCUUGCCUGGUCUUUUGUAUUUUUUACACCUCCCUGUUGCAGUCCUGCCCUUCUCUCAGCCUGAGCGGACUUUUCCACUGUGUCGACAUUAGGACUGGGUGUGCAUCAGAGCAAGGACCAGCCAGAUAUCAUUGUGAUCAAAUAACAUACAGGAAAUACAGUUUGGAGAAAAAUGUAUUUCAAAGCUACUUAAAAUACAGCUGAUUAAAAAAAGAAGAGAGAGACAAAUA